CUUUAAGUAAGGCACAGUAAUCCUAUUAGUCGCAAAGUAGAUGCGGAACCCCCAAUGUGGCGGGACAUUCAUUAUUCACGGCUACCAGGCUCCAGAAAAACCCCCCAUGCACCAUACUGAAUCCCCUUGGCACCUCGUUAGGAGUGAUGACUGCAACCUUUAGGCAAAUGCCUUCACAAUCUUCUAUCUUUUCAGCCGACAACGCGUGGGAAGAAUGGAUGGAAAUGCCACCCAGAGACCGACGACGCCCGCAAAGUACGAUCGGAGACAGACGGACUAUGGUACCCUUUCCAUACAGCACGGCGAAGCGUCGACCAACUGCUUCGAGACCCAGGAUGGAGUCAGAGUCAUCGAGGCCGUAUCCAUGACUUGGACGAAAUGGGGUCUUAUAUUUGCAUAUUUCAGUGUCUUCCUCAUGGCCUUCAGCACCAGCCUCGAAGGCCAGGUCACCUUUUCGCUCCAGGCGUUUGCUGUCAGCUCGUUCAACACCCACUCUCUGAUCUCGACGGUCUAUGUCGUGCAGGGAGUGGUCAAUGCCGUCAUCAAGUCGCCGAUGGCCAAGAUAGCAGACGUGUUCGGCCGCUUCGAGGCCUUCUCGAUGUCGAUCGUGCUCUAUGUCCUGGGAUACAUCCAGAUGGCAUGUUCUCAAAAUGUCGAAACUUACGCAUCGGCGCAGAUAUUCUACUCGGCUGGCUCCACCGGUUUACAGAUCCUCCAGCAGGUCUUCAUCGCCGACACCAGCGACCUUCUCAACCGAGCCCUCUUCUCGAGUCUUCCGGACACCCCGUUUCUCGUCACGGUCUGGAUCGGCCCCGUCAUCGGCUCUGCUAUUCUGUCGGUUGCCUCAUGGAGAUGGGGAUAUGGCAUGUGGGCUAUCAUUCUGCCGGUCGCGUUCAUACCCCUUGCUCUUAGCCUGUUCAUAAACGGUCGGAAGGCUAGGAAGCUGGGCCUAGUUGCAAAACGACCCAAAGCUCGGAGCUUCUCCCGCUCAGCUCGGAAGCUGUUCGUGGACCUCGACGUCGUGGGGAUACUCCUCCUCAGCUCCGCAUGCGCGCUGAUCCUCAUCCCCCUGACGCUAGCCCCGAGGGUGGAAAACGGUUGGCGAAAUAGCAGCAUCAUCUCCAUGAUUGUGCUCGGCUUCGUCUUCCUGGUUGCGUUUCCCAUUUUUGAGUCUCGGCCUAAACUGGCGCCUCACCCUUUGAUACCCCUGAAUCUGCUCAAGUCUCGUACUUUCUGCGCCGGGUGCGGGAUCGGCUUCUUCUACUUCAUGGUCUUCUAUCUGUCCGUCCAGCCCUAUUUCUACAGCUACCUCCUGGUCGUGCACAACAAAUCCGUCGCCACGGCCGGCCACAUCAUGCAGAUCUUCUCCUUCUCCUCGACCGUAGCCGCCGUCAUCGUGUCCCUCGUCAUCAAGUACACGCGGCGCUACAAGCCCUUCGUGGUGGGCGGCUCCCUCGUCUACCUGGCGGGCAUAGGCAUGAUGAUGCGCACGCGCACGCAGGACGCGUCCGUCGCCCGGCUGGUGGGCGUGCAGAUGGCCGUGGGCGCGGGCUGCGGCGUCCUCAACGUGCCGGCGCAGCUGGGGGUGCAGGCCAGCACCCGCAGCCACCAGCAGGUGGCGGCCGCCACGGCCGUCUUCCUGACCCUCGUCGAGAUCGGCGGCGCCGUCGGCAGCGCCAUGUCGGGCGCCCUCUGGUCCCGCCUCGUCCCCGCCAAGCUGGCCCUCUACCUGCCGCCCGAGGCGGGGCCGCGGGCCGACGACAUCUACGCGAGCGUCGUCGCGGCGCUGGCGUACGAUGUCGGCUCGCCCGAGCGGGUGGCCAUCAACCGCGCGUAUCAGGAGACUAUGACGGCGCUGCUGGCGGUGGCCGCCGCGGCGUGCGUGCCGGUCGUGCUGCUGAGCUUGCUGAUGGAGGACCUCAGGCUCGACGGCGUGCGGCAGGGCGUCAGGGGGAGGGUCAUCGGCGGAGAGGUCGUCAUCGGCGGCGGUAGCGGCGAGCAACUUGUGUCGGCGCCGCGUGGGCGGAGGGGCCGGUGGGAUCCUAGGGGUUGGUCAUUCCGCAGGUCGGAUAGCGAGGAGCGCCUGGUGUGA